AUAGGGAUGCCAAAGGAAAAAUAUGAUCCUCCAGAUCCUCGUCGAAUUUAUACCAUCAUGUCAGCAGAGGAGGUAGCCAAUGGGAAAAAAUCUCACUGGGCUGAAUUAGAAAUCUCGGGUAGAGUGCGGAGCUUAAGUACAUCACUUUGGUCAUUGACACACUUGACAGCGCUGCACCUAAAUGAUAAUUAUCUUAGUCGCAUUCCACCUGAUAUUGCCAAGCUUCAUAAUCUGGUUUACCUGGAUCUGUCAUCCAAUAAACUCAGAAGUUUACCAGCAGAACUAGGAAAUAUGGUGUCUCUCAGGGAAUUGCUUUUAAAUAACAAUCUGUUACGGGUUUUGCCUUAUGAACUUGGUCGGCUCUUCCAGCUACAAACUCUAGGUUUGAAAGGCAAUCCUUUAUCACAGGAUAUUCUGAACUUAUACCAGGACCCAGAUGGAACCCGAAAGCUACUGAACUUCAUGCUUGACAAUCUUGCAGUUCAUCCUGAGCAGCUUCCUCCGAGGCCAUGGAUUACAUUAAAAGAACGAGACCAAAUUCUGCCCUCAGCAUCAUUCACGGUUAUGUGUUACAAUGUGUUAUGUGAUAAAUACGCUACGCGGCAGCUAUAUGGCUAUUGCCCAUCCUGGGCAUUAAACUGGGAAUACAGGAAAAAGGGAAUUAUGGAAGAAAUUGUUAACUGUGACGCAGAUAUCAUUAGUCUUCAGGAAGUGGAAACAGAGCAAUAUUUCACUCUCUUUCUGCCAGCAUUGAAGGAGCGUGGAUAUGAUGGAUUUUUUUCUCCAAAGUCACGUGCCAAAAUCAUGUCUGAGCAGGAGAGAAAGCAUGUGGACGGUUGUGCAAUAUUCUUCAAAACAGAAAAAUUUACAUUGGUGCAGAAGCAUACAGUGGAAUUUAACCAAGUAGCAAUGGCUAAUUCAGAUGGAUCCGAAGCUAUGCUGAACAGAGUAAUGACAAAAGAUAACAUUGGUGUUGCUGUGGUAUUAGAGGUCCACAAAGAACUCUUUGGAGCAGGUAUGAAGCCUAUUCAUGCUGCAGACAAACAGCUGCUUAUCGUGGCAAAUGCCCACAUGCAUUGGGACCCAGAGUAUUCUGAUGUGAAACUUAUCCAGACCAUGAUGUUUGUCUCAGAGGUUAAGAACAUUCUGGAAAAAGCCUCUAGUAGGCCUGGCAGUCCAACUGCAGAUCCUAAUUCCAUCCCGCUGGUGCUAUGUGCGGAUCUUAACUCAUUGCCAGAUUCAGGUGUUGUAGAAUACUUAAGCAAUGGAGGAGUAGCUGACAACCAUAAAGACUUCAAGGAACUAAGGUAUAAUGAAUGUCUUAUGAACUUCAGCUGCAAUGGAAAGAAUGGAAGCUCAGAAGGGAGAAUCACACAUGGCUUCCAACUUAAGAGCGCCUAUGAAACUAACUUGAUGCCUUACACCAAUUACACCUUUGAUUUUAAAGGUGUGAUUGACUACAUUUUCUAUUCCAAGACUCAUAUGAACGUGCUUGGUGUCCUGGGGCCUUUAGAUCCUCAAUGGCUGGUUGAGAACAACAUCACUGGGUGUCCACACCCACACAUCCCUUCAGACCACUUCUCACUGUUAACACAACUUGAACUCCACCCUCCACUCCUGCCUCUUGUCAAUGGUGUUCAUCUGCCUAAUAGGAGGUAGUGGAGUACUGCCCCUCCAAGACGGGGAUCUGUUGCUAUGGACCUGUACAGUUGUAAAUCAGAGUCUGUAGGAGUGAAGUAUGGCCAUCCUUAAAGCUGCUGCUUCAGGUUCCUUUCAUUAUGUGUUUGCUCUACGAUUUUGUGCAUUUUUUGUGCAUAUUGGUAUCAUUUGGCACUAGGGUUGGAACCAAAGUAUUACUCUUUUCCAAAUUUUUAAUUUACCAUGUUUUUAAAUUAGUCCUUUUUCAUAAUAUGAGUCCACAUUCUUAACUGAUAAAAUGCCAGUUAGAGAUCCAACAACAGUGUAUUUGUUUUUCCAAAACUGAUAUUUUCUUUGGGAUGGGUUCACAUGAGCUAACCAUUUUUGUAAAAGGCAAUUUAAAAAAAAUUUAUAAAGUUUUAAAGUGAUUGAUGUCAUGCUUUUCAGUGAAAACUGCCUUGAACUUCUGUUUUCCUGUGUUACAUUAUUUUUGUGUUCCCAAUUAUUUGCACAUUAAGAAAGCACUUAAAUUUGUCCCAUCUGUGUAUAAACAUGAUAUAGCCUCUAGCCAUAAUAAGAAAAAGUGAGAAAAUAAAGAUGGUUGCACAAUAUGCUUUCAUAAUCAAGCAUUUAACAGCACAUAACAGCUUGUCGGGUAAACACUUUUCUGCUCUUACUAGUUUUGUUUUUGAGGAAGUGCUCUGGGUUUUUGGCUCCCUGUCAAGUUGGUUAUAACUUGAUUAGAAAUAUAUAUUCUAAGCCUGUCUCUCCCAGUUGUUUAUGGGAAACAGAAAGUAAUUUGUACUGCCACACAUUUUGAAAACGGAGUUUGAUUUGUUUAAGAUGACCCCCAAAUUAAUGUCCGGUAUUUUCUGACCCAAUUCACCUUUCUUUCUGGUUUGGCUGGAAGAACUGAUAGCGUGUGCUCUGUAUCAUUUCUACUGUUACAGUCAAAUGUUAAGUAAUCUGAAUAGGAAGGCCCUGAUUAUAGUUUUCGGAGGGGAAAGCCAUACAAAUAUUUUAAGUGUUUCUCAAAUAGGUUGGUGACUGUUGGUCUUUAGGGUGACAAUGGACGGGAUUGAGGGAAGAGAACAGUGUAGUGGAAAGCCUUGGACAAUUUUUCCUGACUCUAGAUGCCAAAUGGCCCAUCAUAUGCUUUUUUAACCUUUGUUUCCAUUGUCUGUCAGGGUUGAAUUAAGAAGCUACUGGUUUAUUCCCACUGUUGAUGCUGUAGAUAAUGCUUUUUUUUUUUUUUUUGCCCAGAAGGGCCCAUUUGAAAAAUCUGUGACAUCAAGAAGAUGUAAAUGCAGCAUCACUUUCUGGGGGGAAUUGGUUGGCUGCUUGAUGUUAGUUAUGGCACAGUAACAGGAAAAGGUUGUGUCUGUGUUUUUAAGUUUUUCUUUAUUCUGCUUUUUUGCUGCUAUAAGAGUUUUCUGAAAUUAUAUUUUAAACUUUUCAUGCACUUUACUGUUUCUAGUCUCAAAAUGUGAUAUUUUUAAUAAACAAGAAGUUUUUCAUUAUGUGAAUGAAAUUUUAAAAGAAAAUAGCCUAUAUUUGUGUCUCACUAAUAUAUAAAGUACAGGUCAAAUUUAAAUUAUUUAAUUAGUUUUAAAUAUAUACAAUUUGUCUCCUCUUUCAAACCUGACAUCUUAAGCUGUUUUAUUAGAUUUAAAUGAUGAUGUGUUUCCUUUGGUCAUUUUAUAACUAAUUUCUUCCACAGUAAAUUAAUCAGGCUACAUAAGAUAAUAUUUCCCUAAAGGAUAAUUUUAGUGGGACUAGGGUUGUGGGAUGAUGUAAUCACAUAUGAGAUUAUAUCAGAAGGGUAAAGAAAUUUAAAGCCUAAAUCAAUCCCCCUUUAAAAAGUGCCUAGUGAUAGAGGCGUGGUUUGUCAUCUUUUAAAAUUGGAAUGCCGUUACAGUUGAAUGAAGUUUGAUGUAAAUAAAAUUUUCUUUUAAAAAUGUUAACUGAAGUAAUGAAAUAAAAAGAAAACAACCCUUAAGAUGACAGAUUUUCCUCAGUGUGCAGGUAUCCCUUAUUAUAUACCUCAAGCAUUCAACAUCUAGCCAUGCAAAUUGAUUACCUGAAGCAUAGUACUGGAAAGUAGAAUAGCAUGAAAAACUUAAUUUUGUGGACAUUACCUUUUUUUGUAAUCAGCUACUGUAUGUUCUUGUUUUAAAUCUUUCAUUUUGGGUGGACUUUCUGCUCUGGAGGUAUAUGCACUAACGAAACAUUUUCCUUUCAUAUGCGCAUGUUAAUUAGCAAUGUGAGCAAUAUUUCAUACCAUACUUCACUCCCAAUAUUUUUUGAGAUGUUUGUAUAAAAUGGAAUUUAAAGUUCACUUAUGAUUGUAUAUGAACCACAGAGGAGCCCAUUUAUUAAUAAAAGCUUUUUUAAUAGUUAAAUGUAGAGGGAAAAAAUAAAAAAAAAUUGGGAAACAUUGUAAACAGCUUAAGUUUAUUUUGUGUAUGAUCGAGGCACUCUGUUGCAGAAGGUGUGUACUUGGGUUCUCUCUGCUUCCAAAUGCACUCUUUCAAACCAUUCAUUAUCCUGUGUAUUUUUAACGUGGUUUUAGUCAAUGUUGGUGUAGUAGCUUUGUUGACGUAGGUAAUUUUACUGUGCUUUGGGUGGCGCACAGCCCUGGGGCACGGUAGCCCAGAUUUCAUGUGCACGUUUCUCUGUAGCCCACUGCUCAAGAUCACCUUGUUCCCCUUGUAAAAGGAGUGGUAUCUGUUUUGAGCUGCCAAUUCAGAUGAUCAGAAAUGCUGCUCUCCUCAGUAUUGUCUGUACAAUGCAUGCCAUUUGGAACUUUGGCAGUGAGAAGCCAAAAGGAAGAGGUAAAUGACAGAAGGGUGUAUAUUCAGUGAAAGUAAAAUACAUGGUCAUUUACUUCUUAGUUCUCAGAAUAUGUUAAUAAGCUUUAUGCAAUGGGGCUGCUGUGUAUUUUAUCUAAAGGUAAAGGAAAUUUGGACAUUUGUAGAUUGUGAUAUAUAUUUUUAAUUAUUACAUAUGAUUUCUGGUAUUUCUCUACAAACUGGAGUGUUCUUUAAAUUUAUUACAGCAGUGUUGUUUGAGGAAGAGAAAACAGCACUGUUUGCCAUUGCAAUCCCUGUACAAGUGCAUGUCAAGUCACCCACUCUCUCAGGCAUCAGUAUCCGCCUCAUAGCUUUACACAAUUGUGAUGGAGAACAUUGCAGCAUCCUCAGGACUGACAUCUGGGAAAGGCUCAAAUCCACUUACUGCUCCUUGCUUGUCGACUUGUUUUAAAAUAUUGUGCCUGGUGUCAACUUUUAAGCAACAGCACUGCCUAAAAGCAAGCAGAGAACAGAAUCCCAGCACCAUUCUAUAGGUAACUUUUUAGAAUUCAGAUAAAAUAAAUCUGUUCAAGAUUUAUGAUGUUUUAUGUAAAAAAGAUUUUGUACAAUGUAGCUGAAUAUUUUUGUUUCCUUUCUUUGAUGUAAGGCGUGUGAACGUUUGAAUCACAUGUGAAAGUCAGGUUUGGCACAAUGGGUUCUGAGACCAGCUUUUCCCCCCUCCCAUUUGCCUUGCUUCCUAGCUUUUUCUUUUCAAAUUACUUUUCUGAUACUUAUAGGCCAAUAUUUAAUUUUACUAAUAUGCAUCCCGUGUGACCGUAUUAAAGAAGCCACUGUGUUUUAGUGUUGUAGUUUGCAGAAAUACAAAGCUUUGUUUCUUA